AUGGGGCCGCACGGUCCGUCCUUCAUCGGGCGCGUCGUCCGUGACCCCGUGUCUGCCAAGGUGAAGCUGGUGUACGACGGGCACAACCGGUACGACUUCCAUGCUGUUGAUCUGUGGACACGCCCCGUCGUGGAAGGGAGUGUGGAGAAGCUCAAGAGGGACAAGUACCUCUUCAAGCCGGUACCGAUGCUGUACCGUACCUGGCUGUACCACGAGAGCUAUCGGAACACCCGAAGCCACAACACGACCUCUGACGACUCCGGCGUCAUCCGGCAAAUCCUGAGCAAGGACUGCAUUGAUGCGGACAUCUCGGCUGGCCGCUGGUCGCCCUUGGUCCCCCUACUGCCGGCCGCUUUCUGCUGCGCGCUGACGUGCGACGAGCUCUCGGUGGGAACCGCGGUCCUUCUCGCCUGGCUUAUCCAAAAAGUCGGCAAUGAUUUGAACAAGCCGGAGAGGUACAAAGAGCUCCGCCUGUGGCUCCUGCUGCCCCGCCUGGCUUGGGUUGGCUUCCUCAUCUUCCGGGCUCUCUCCUGGCUCCCGGAGGCUGCAAUCCUGAACAUUGUUGGCCUCGCGGGAACUCUACUCUUUUGCUGCAUCGACUUCCUCUACGGUGACCGAGAGUCCGCGAAUAAGUACCGGCUGAAUUGCAGCUAUGAGGUCGUGAAGGUCUUGCCCAACCGGGUUUUCGUGUGCCGGCGGGUGGGA